GAGAAGCAGGAUGUCAGCGGGUGUAUUGUUUGAUCGUGAACCGACAUGCAGUCAAUCCCGUUAUCGCGCCACAUUGGCGUAGUGCGCACCCGGCACAAUCGAUAUAAUAAUCCGAUCGCGGCUCCAUAGAAGAUUCAAGCUUCCACCGUUCUGUGUGUGCUGUCAUGACUGAGCAUUCGUUCAACAACAUCUCUCUCGGAGGUCGUGGAGGAACCAAUUCAGGGCAACUUAAGCUUCAUUCAGGUGGGGUAGUAUGGAAGAAACAAGGAGGUGGCAAAGCAGUUGAAGUAGAUAAAAGUGAUUUGCUGGGCCUUACCUGGAUGAAGGUUCCACGAUCUAAUCAACUUGGCGUUCGGACCAAAGAUGGUCUUUAUUAUAAAUUCACUGGUUUUCGGGAUCAGGAUGUCGCCAGUCUGACUACAUUUUUCCAGUCCAAUUUUGGAAAAACACCAGAGGAGAAGCAACUCUCCAUUAGUGGAAAAAAUUGGGGAGAAGUUGAUCUAAAUGGGAAUAUGCUUACUUUUCUUGUGGGUGCUAAACAAGCAUUCGAGAUUUCUCUAGCGGACGUUGCACAGACCCAGCUUCAAGGAAAAAAUGAUGUGAUGCUGGAAUUCCAUGUAGAUGAUACAACUGGGGCCAACGAGAAAGACUCAUUAAUGGAAAUAAGUUUUCACAUUCCCAAUUCAAACACUCAAUUUGUUGGGGAUGAAAGUCACCCUUCUGCCCAGGUGUUCCGAGACAAGAUUGUCUCAAUGGCAGAUGUUGGAGCGGGAGGUGAAGAAGGUGUUGUCACUUUUGAUGGAAUUGCCAUACUCACACCGAGGGGGCGAUAUAACAUUGAACUUCAUCUGUCAUUUUUGCGCCUCCAAGGACAAGCAAAUGACUUCAAAAUUCAGUACAGCAGUGUUGUUCGUGUUUUUUGGUUGCCUAAGUCUAACCAACCACAUACUUUUGUAGUUGUUACGCUAGACCCACCAAUUCGGAAGGGUCAGACCUUAUAUCCUCAUAUUGUGAUGCAGUUUGAGACAGAUUCUGUGAUAGACACCACAUUAUCGAUUAAGGAAGACCUUUAUAAUGCCAAGUAUAAGGACAAGCUUAAGCUAGAGCAUAAGGGACUCGCGCAUGAGAUCUUUAUUACAAUUCUCCGUGGUUUAUCUGGCUCCAAAGUGACUAAACCUGGAACUUUCCGUAGUCAUCAGGAUGGCUAUGCUGUGAAGUCAUCACUUAAAGCUGAAGAUGGUGUUCUUUAUCCUCUUGAAAAGAGCUUCUUCUUUUUACCCAAACCGCCUACUCUAAUUCUUCAUGAGGAGAUCGACUAUGUGGAGUUUGAGAGGCAUACUGCUGGAGGUUCAAAUAUGCAUUACUUUGAUCUUCUCAUUAGACUUAAGACUGAGCAGGAGCAUCUUUUCCGAAACAUUCAGAGAAAUGAGUACCAGAGACUCUUUGUGUUUGUUAAUCAGAAAGGUCUGAAGAUCAUGAAUUUGGGGAGUGCUAAGUCGAUAGAUGGAGUUGCAUCUGUUCUGAAGGAUGUUGAUGUUGACCCACAUCUAGAGCGGAUAAAGAAUGAGGCCAUUGGAGAUGACAGCGAUGAGGAGGAUGAGGAUUUUGUCGCUGACAAAGAUGAUGGAGGCUCCCCAUCGGAUGAUUCUGGGGAAGGAGAAUCUGACGCCAGUGAAAGCGGAGAGGAGAAAGAGGCGCCAGUGAAAAAGAAAACCAAGAAAGAACCUUCUGCUCCCAAGGUACCAUCGAUUAGGAAAAAAGCUAAAGAUGGUGAGGAUGAUGGGUCAAAGAAGAAGAAGCAAAAAAAGAAGAAGGACCCAAAUGCGCCGAAGAGGGCAAUUAGUGCCUUUAUGUUCUUCUCCCAAACGGAAAGAGAGAAUGUGAAGAAGAGUAAUCCUGGGAUUUCCUUUACGGAGGUUGGCAAAGUGCUUGGCGAAAGAUGGAAUAAGAUGACAGCGGAUGAGAAAUCUCCUUAUGAAGCAAAAGCCCGGGCAGACAAGAAACGUUAUAGCGAAGAGAUCAGUGGCUAUAAGAAUCCACAGACCACAAAUGCAGACACUGCAGAUGCCCCUGAUAAUGCUUAGCCUUCUUUUUCUUUUUUUUUUUUUUUUUUGGUUUUUGUUUUUUUUUUUUUUUUUUUUUUUUUUGGUAUUCUGGGCCUUAUUUUUUUUAGAAAACAGUGAAAUGGUGAUUACUGGAUCCCCUAGUAAACAGUGGUUCUUGUCGAACAUAGCUGCAUGGUUUUCUCAUGCGAUUUUUGGAAUGAGUAAUAAGAAGCUGUGCUUAGUGCUGAUA